GGUACCUGGGUAAGGCUCAAGAUGGCUGCCUCCUGCUUAGUAAAUGUGUGAGUCCAGCGGGGACGGUCCCUGUCCUUGAAGACCACGUCUGGUCUUCAUUCUUGGGCUUGUUUGGUGUGCUAUUGAGAGAGAGACUAGAGCAAUGGCAGGGACCCUCUCCUGGGGGGCAAGUAGGGGCCUGUGGGGCUGGGUGCCAUUGGCGUGCAGAAGCUUCUCUCUGGGUAUUCCUGGAUUUUCCCGUGUAAGGCUCACCCUCCCGCCCCCCAAAGUGGUUGAUCGUUGGAAUGAGAAAAGGGCCAUGUUCGGGGUGUAUGACAACAUAGGGAUCCUGGGAAACUUUGAAAAGCACCCCAAAGAACUGAUCAGGGGCCCCAAAUGGCUUCGCGGUUGGAAGGGAAAUGAAUUGCAGCGUUGUAUCCGAAAGAAGAAAAUGGUUGGAAAGCGAAUGUUCAUCGAUGACCUGCACAACCUUAAUAAACGCAUCCGCUAUCUCUACAAACACUUUAACCGACAUGGGAAGUACCGGUAGAAGCGAAAGCUGGGAACUUUGGAAGAGGCUCAUCUGUUUCCCUGGAGAGGAAGAACAGUGCUUUUGUCUGUGAGGAAAGGGCUUCAUAUGUUCUCUGUAAUAAAAUGGGGCUUCUUUGGAA